AUGUUUGUGAUAAAAGGCCUUUGAUGCCAUAAAUUGAUGACUGCUUUUUAGCUUCUUUGAGGUCAAGGGUUUCGAGUCGACAGCGAUCAGAAAAAGGCGAUUUUUAUAUCAGCUGUUCAAUCGAUUUCAGUAACUUGAGCUAUGGGAAAGAGGAAGUCAAAGUCAAAGCCACCUCCAAAGAAGAGGAUGGACAAACUUGAUACUGUUUUCAGCUGUCCUUUCUGUAGUCAUGGCACCAGCGUGGAAUGUCGCAUUGAUAUGAAAAACUUGAUUGGCGAGGCGAAUUGCAGGAUCUGCCAAGAGAGCUUCAGCACCACAGUCACUGCACUAACAGAGCCUAUUGAUAUAUACAGUGAAUGGAUUGACGAGUGUGAACGAGUCAACAACUACGAAGAAGAUGAUGUUUCCUACAAGUUAGAUCCUAAUGAAUGAUCUGCUUCAAGAAUGUGCAGACUGUUGAGUAGCCAGAAAUGACUCAAAGCUGCCUUAAGCUAUGACUUCAGUUCUAGCAAUUAUUCCGUCGCACUGCCUAAGAAGAACCUAAACUUAUCCAGGCCUCUGGAGUUCAAUAAGUAGCUUCAUUUAAGAGGCUUUCUAUGUCCAAAUAGUUUGAAACAGAGUCAGUUGCUAUCUUGUUUAUGUUUUGCUCCUGCAAUUAUGGGAACCUAAUGUCAAGUAGGUGGUUUAUUCCUCCUAUUACAUGAUGCCUAGGUACAUGUUAAGCCCUUCAUUACCCUUAGUAAGGGAUGUAAAUGGAUACCGCUUCUGAAAUGUUCCUUAUAUAUGUGAAUAAAUAAUCUUUUUAAAGAAACAA